CAAACACUUAUCUUAGUCAGAAAGCAACGCGUCCUUGACUGAUGGACCCUCUUUAACUUAUCAACUAUGCAUUUAACAACUAAACUUGUAUUGGAUGUUGUGUUUGUGUUGGUGCUUAAAAAUUAUAGUAUAGUUCAUAGGCGUGUCACUAUAAAUGUUUGUUUAAUGUAUGUUUCCAAAUUUGCAGUAUUGAUGGAGCACUUGAAGAUGGGUCAUUUGGGCGACUAGUAAACGAUGAACACAGGACACCAAAUUGCAGAAUGAAGUUGAUUGAAGCAGAAGGGAAGCCACAUCUCUGCCUUUUUGCACUGAAGGAAAUUGCGGCAGGAAGUGAAAUUACUUAUGACUAUGGUGGGAAAGAAUGGCCCUGGCGGAAAAAGCUAAAGAUCGCAAGCAUCCCUUCUGGUCAACAGUGUGUUGCAGAGCCUAUUGCCCAUGACGUGGAGCACCAUGUGAUCUCUACAGACUCAUUCACAGACAGAGAAUUAAGAGCAGAGUGUCAGUCAUCUAGACCUACAGCAGACAACUCUGAGCACGAGGUGCAUUCUGUUGGAGGUCAGCGUGGCACUUCUUCUCUGAAAGAGUUAAUUGGUGAAGUUGGUGUCCAGUAUCAGGAGUUGUCACCCCAAGCGUUCUCAGAAGAACUUACCAGUGAGAGCAAAUCGAAAGAGGUGCCACAAUCAUCCAGAGCUGUGCCUAAUGACUCUGCUUGUGAGUGUACAAUUCAUAGGCUGGUAUUUGAAUCGGUGAAACUUGACAAAUGCGGGAUAUGCCAUUCACCUUUGACAGCUAUCAGAUGGCAUGGUCUAAGAUGCAAGCAAUGCCGUUGUGUGUGGCAUAAGAUCUCCCUCCAGACAUCUUCAGAAGACUGGGAUAUGUCCGACGGUGAUGUCUCAUCUGAUGAAGAAUACAUCCCAAAUUCUGCAUCAGAUUCAGAAAGCUCAGGAACAGAGUUGUCUAUUGAGUUACCUGGACCAUCAAAAAACUCCCAUGCUGCUAGCAUGCCUGAUUUAUGCGUUACUUUUGCUGAAAAAGAACGGACCAUGGAUGUUAAGAACAACUUUGAGCACAUUUUGAAUGAUCUUGAAACUACUGAUGAUCUUCAUCCCGACCAAGAACCAGACAGCUCAGAGUCAUGCCAGCAGAAAACAAAAGAUGCAUGUAGCGAAAAGAGUACUGUGGAUAUUAGCCAAAAUGAAUCCCCAACCAAGUCAACAAAAUUAAUCAAAAGCACAGUCAAUUUUUGUUUUGUGUGUGGAAAACCUCAAACAAAAUUUGCACGUCAUCUGGAGACGCAUGUAAAUGAAAAUGCUGAAGUCGCCCAGGUGCUUCAGUUACCCAAAUCAUCAAAGGACAGAAAAGUUCAUCUUGAAAGGUUACGAAACCUUGGUAACUUCAAGCACAACUCUGCUGUUAAAACCACAGGAUCAGGUUGUCUUAAAGUGAAAAGGAUCUCAAAAAAGAGCAGCAGCAGCGCUGAGACAUACGAGUACUGCUUAUACUGUAAGGGUAUGAUAUCCAGAAAAGAAGUUUCUCGGCAUAUGAAAAGAUGUGCUUUAAGACCAGAGAAUAAUGCUGAAGAGAAGCUGAAAGAUAGAGUCUUUGGUAUAGCAUCUACUCGAUCCACAAUGUCUCAGCCAAUUUCAAGUGAACUCUACUCAGUACUGGGCAAGAUGAUGGGGGGCAAGGGUACCUAG